AUGUUAAGAUUUACGCGAAAUAUACAUCUUAAUUUAUUAUUUUCUCCAGAUUUCAUUCAACGAAAUUUCAAUUUUGUAAACCGGAAGGAUUUGUUAAAUAUUGUUUUCAGUACAAUACUUACUACCCUAAGAUGUUUUCAACUCGGUUUAAGACGUGGUUGUCUGAAAGGAUUCUCCGUUGUUGAAGACGAAUAUUUUCAAGCUGCAGUUCCAAACCACCUUUUUGAUGCUAGCAAUUUGGUUUCAAACGAACUUACGCUGAUAUCAAAUAUUGUUAAAAGUGAUAUUUCAAAGUCUUCAUACUAUCAUGGAAGUUCGGAGUUAUACCAGUUAUUGGAUUUAUUGAUCAGAAGUUUUGAAAACAUCGUUAGUAAACACGAUGACUUAAUUAAAUAUCUAGUUACAAUAGAUAAAGAAGAGUCUUAUUUACCUAUUUCACUUACGUCCCACAAAAAGGCAGUUGAAACGAUUAUGUCAUUGGACUUCUGUUUAACUAGUCAGUCUUCAGCUAACAGCACGUUCGAUUCCCGAAAAAGACUUAUGGAGUUAGUCUUGGAUUCGAAAAAUAACAUUGAGAAGUUAACAAGUUUCAAUCAGAAUUUGUCUUUACUAGCCUGUCAGCUUAAUGAAGCUAGUAGUUUAUUAAAUGGUGAAAUGGAUUAA